AGUCGUGACUUGGACUCCACAAAAGCAACAAAGGACAUCGAUCAGCCGGUGCACCCAUCGCCAUUCCAGACGUCUUCCUCUCUUGCCCGGGAUUACCUUGGACAGGAUCGCUAAAUAGGAUCAUCGCAACUUCAUAAGCUCAGACAUCAAAGGAGAGGCGUCAUGGCAGAUCCGACACGGGUAUCACAGUACUAUCGCAAGAAGCUGGAGCAGCACGAGCUGACGCCAGAGGAGUGGUCGGCUGUCCGCUAUGCCGUUAUCAAGCACACACUUAUCGCUGCUGCCACGACGGUCACCCUGGGUACAUCCGCCUUCUUAUACGCACGAUCUCGUUCAUGGACUCGCCUGCAGUCCCUUUCAUUCGCGACAGCUGGUAAUGUUGUCGGUCUUUCGGUUGGAGGGGCUAUUGCGAUGGAGUCUGGCAUGAAAACCGUCCAGGAGAGAUUGCAGGGCUCGGGAUCAGAGCUACUCUACCUCAUGGACAGAUACUCAAAAUCGACGAUGAAGGAAAGACUGGGCGCACAAGAGGGCGAUGAUCUGUCCGCAUACGAUGCCGCGGCUGGCGAGCAGACACUGUCCUCACCACGUAUGAUCCGUGUACAGGGUUCGGAACAAAAAUGAACAAUAAACCCUAUUAUGUCAACACGCUGAGCAAUGUGAGCGCAAGCAGACCUGUUACGGAGAAUAUACAUUGUACAUGAGCACUGGCCUAGUGUCUGGGUCGAUCGUCCAGACCCAAGACGUAGGCAGCUGGAAGCCGCUAUUGAAGGGCAGAUGCAAGCCGAGCCGGAGCCCCGAUGCGGAAAAUAGAAAAACAAAAGAGCUUCAGAUGAGCAAUCUGAUGACCUAUCCAGG